AAUACUUCAUUUGGAUUUUUGUUUAACAUUACUGAGUUGUCAGUAUUAGAAGUAAGACAAAAAGCUGAAGUGUUACAAAAACAAUAUCCUCAAGAUCUGGAUAUAUCGUUUAUGAAUGAAUGUAUUCAUUUUCGUAGUUACUUAAAAGACUUACCAGAAAGCGUAACAACAAAAUCGGUGCUUUAUUUAUGUAAAGUCUUGAAAGAUGAUAAUUUACAUGAUAUUUACCCAUACGUUAAUAUUGCACUGCGAAUGUUUUUGUGUGUUCCUGCGUCAAAUACUUCAGCCGAGCGUUCAUUUAGUACUCUUAAAAGAGUUAAAACAUACCUUAGAUCUUCUAUGAGUGAUAAUCGUUUAAACUCUUUGGCGAUUCUAAAUAUUGAAUCACAGUUGACAAAUUCAUUAAACUAUGAUAAAAUAAUUGAAGAUUUUGCAAGAUCAAAUGCGCGACGAAAAAAAUUAAUUGAAUUUAUCAACUAG